AUGUGGAGCCUUAGUAAUGUUUGGUUUAUGAAUUUCUUGGUUAACUCCCUCGCUGGCCAUCUUCCUCUUAAGAUUGGAAAGUUGGUGAACCUGCAAAUGUUGGAUCUAUCCUAUAAUCAAUUAUCAGCAAGUGUUCCACAAAUGUUAUCCAAUCUGAAGAUGUUGCAGCAAUUGAAUCUUUCAAACAAUGCAUUCCAAGGCAACAUUCCUACGAGUAUUGGGGACUUAGCGAGCCUUGAAUCAUUAGAUCUCUCAUCCAACAAUUUAUCUGGCAUCAUACCCCAGUUUUUGGAGAAGUUUCAUUAUCUUACCUACUUAAAUCUGUCUUUCAAUAUGUUAAAUGGCCCAGUUCCUGUCAAUAAAGCUUUUGCAAACUUCACCCUCCAGUCUUUCAUGGGAAACCCUGAUUUAUGCGGCAACUCAAAGCUCAAGCUCCCACCUUGCCCAAACACAACUCCUUCAAAAUCAAGAAAGGCAAUGUUCAUGCUCAAAUAUAUUAUUUCUCCAAUUGCUGCUGUGAUACUUGUGGCAUUAUUGAUAAUUCUGUCUAUCAAAAGGAGAAACAGCAAAAAUCAACCAUCCUCUGAGAUUGAUUUAUCAAUAAAUUUGGGCCACAAACACAUUUCAUACUAUGAGCUCCUUAGAGCAAUUGAUAUUCUAAUCGAAGUAAACUUGCUAGGAAGUGGAAGCUUUGGUUCUGUGUACAAAGGAACCAUGUCAGAUGGAGAGAUUGUUGCUGUUAAAGUCUUCGAUUUGGAAGUUGAGGGAGCAAUAAAAUCUUUUGACAGAGAAUGUCAAGUGCUGAGGAACAUGAGGCGCAAAAACCUUGUGAAGAUCAUAAGUUCAUGA